AGUGCAGUGCACAGUGCAGUGAAACGCGAACACUACCGAUGUCGGGGAAAGAUGGGGGACUUGUCUACAAAAUCUAACGCAAGUUCAGUGUCUGAAUCUGCCCAAGAAGAGCGCUACAAUCAUGUCAAGGUCCUGGGAAAAGGCGCAUUUGGUGAAGCGGUUCUUUACAAUAAAACGGAGGAUAACUCCUUGGUCGUCUGGAAGGAGAUCAAUUUGUCCCGCGCAACAGAUAAGGACAAACGAGAUGCACAGAAUGAGAUCGAGAUUCUGUCCAUGCUGAACCAUGCUAACAUCAUCACUUACUACAAUCACUUUGUGGAUGAAAGCUCCUUGUUCAUCGAAAUGGAAUAUGCAAACGAUGGAACGCUGUAUCAGAAGAUUGUUGAUCAAAAAACGUUGUUCAAGGAAGAGGACGUUGUGUGGUACUUGUUCCAAAUUGUGUCUGCAAUUGAUCACAUACACGGUAAUGGGAUACUGCAUAGAGAUAUCAAGACAUUGAAUAUCUUCCUGACCAAGCAGAAUCUGAUCAAGUUGGGUGACUUUGGCAUCUCCAAGGUCUUGAAAAAUACAGACGUGGCGGAUACAGUGGUAGGCACUCCAUACUACAUGUCCCCUGAGAUCAUGCGUGGUCAACAGUACGACACUAAAAGCGACAUGUGGGCAACUGGCUGUGUGUUGUAUGAAUUGCUGACACUCAAACGCAGCUUCGAUGCAUCGAACCGUCUUAAGCUGGUGUGGGGAAUCGUUCAGAAUGACAUUGAAACUGACUCACUGGACGCAAGGUAUUCAUCCGAUAUAAAGACCCUGGUCGGCCAACUUUUGUCAAAGGACCCAGAGAAAAGACCUUCAGCAGCUGAAGUAUUGAGGCAUCCAGUGAUACAAGCUGCUAAAGAAAAUAUGGAGAAGAGAGUCUGGACGUUGAAUGCAUCAGCAAGGAAGGCACGGAUAGCUAGCAGUACAGCAGCAGAGACGAUACCAAUAGUCACAUCCAAGACAAGCGAGGUAUACUGUUGGGGAGGUGGUCGAUUAACGCCUAAAAAGCUGGAAGAGUUUACGACGGGGAACGCUGCAUUGCAAGUUUCAGCAGGCAACGUACAUUUUGCAGCAGUCACAGUUGAGAAGGAACUCUUUACUUGGGCUAAUGUACAGGGUGGACAGCCGUUGGUUGGUCAGUUAGGACACGGAGACAAAUGUUUUGGGAAUCCCAAAAGAGUGGACUCUCUACAGAACGUCAAGGCAGUCUCAUGUGGAGAAGAAUUUACCGCAUGCAUCACAGAUGACGGCGAGCUGUACACCUUUGGAUCAGACUACUACGGCUGCCUUGGCUGUGAUAACGCUGAAGGUGAUGAAGUCAAUCAACCUAUCCCGGUCGACUUCUUCAGCGGUAAACCUGUCGAGCAGGUAUCCUGUGGAGAGUGCCAUAUCGUCGCACUGACUAAAGACAGAGAGGUGUACUCCUGGGGCUGUGGAGAGUUCGGUCGCCUUGGGCUCGGCAGUGAAGAUGAUCACAGUUUACCUCAGAAAGUAUACAUCUGCGGCAAUAAAACCAUCCGUUCAGUCUGCGCAGGCUUUGAAGGCACGUUCUUCGUAACCACUGAUGGUAAAGUCUUGGCUUGCGGAAGUAACGAAAACAACAAGCUUGGUUUCAACACAUUCACCAAAGGCCUCCGGAAACGCCAAGUCAAGGAGAAUUAUGAUAUUCCCUGGAAGGAUAUUCCUGCCAUAGUCAAACCACUCAACAGAUACCACAUAACGUCAGUAUCCACUGGAAAGGACCACUCUGCUGUGAUAGAUGAUACUGGUCGGUUAAUCACUUUUGGUCUGAACAAGCAUGGCCAGCUGGGCGUUGGGGAUUGCAAGGAGAGGUCAGGGGUCAGUGUAAUCUCCGGCUUACUCAGCAGUAAGCAGGUACUACGUGCAGCCUGUGGGGAUGGCUUCACAGUUGUUGCAACCAAGGAUAACCAAAUCUACUCCUUCGGGAACGUGGACAGCGGCCGACUAGGCAUACCUGUGGACCCGAGCCUCACCCAUCGCAAGAAGAUGGCUGUGCCUACACCCAAACCCAUAUUUGGAGCGCUGCACUUUGUGUCCGAUAUAUCGUGCAGACAUUGGCACUGUAUUGUCAUCGUGGAAAAAGUUCUGAAAAUGAAAACUAUUCGCUCCCCCUACCAAGACAGCUUCACUUCAAGUAGAGGGGUGGGGGUAGUCUCUCAGAUAUCAUCAGAACCCAGUCAAGAUGACAGCGUCUUCACCAGUGAAAGUUUCGAUACGGAUAAUGCUGACAUUGAGGGCGUUGUUACGCAUGAUGAAGAGGAGCCGGAUGGGCUUGGUGUGACAGGCUCUAGCGUGCCCGACUCGGGAAUGGGUGAUGACAGUAUGCCGCCCUGGUUAGCUGUGGAGCUGCAAAACGCCGAAUUUAUACCCAUGCAAAGCAAAAACGAGGCACAGGCUGAGCCUGCAAACCAGGCAGUUAGUGACCAGCAUAAUUCGGAUGAGCAUCCUACUCACAAUCUCCCCGCAGGCCUGCCACCAGCAAUGUUGUCUUCAUCCAACAACCAGAAGUCUUUGAAUGCCAGUUCCAUAUCGGUGGGGUUGGCUGCCAGCCAAGCAGGCCAUGGUCUGCCCCCCUCUGUACCUCCUCUGUGCCUGGAUGGCCUGUCGGGAUCUGGAGACUCCCUCAGACUCCAGAUGAUUCGGGACAGGGAGAGAGAUGGCGAGUUGGAGGCGCUCAAUCAGCGUGUUGUUCAUCUAGAAGCGGAAAACAAGACAUUGCAGCAAAGAGUAGCAGAACAGGAUGCCAAGAUACAGGCUUUGGAGAGGCAGAUGGCGCCAAUACUUCGUAGAGACCAGAAGUUCUGGCGAAGUUUCGGUACCUGGGAGAAAGAAUGUCGAGCUGCCAACAGCAUGAGUGCGACGCAACAACCACUUCCCUUAUCACAGAAAGCACGACGAGUCGCCACACGCUCAUCAAGUCUCGUAGUGUACCCAACCCACAAACAUAAACCCACCUACGAUUAUGAGUCCAUAGUCCAUGAAAUGAUUGGCAGGAAAGGCAAAACCAAGAAACAAACAUCAGGCACAACCAAGAAAGUGAACAGAAGUGCUCAUCGCACUGAACAAAUUAAUAAAGGGCCAACGAAGAAGUACAUGCACCAGUACGUACAGACAGAAUUACAAGACACCGAUGAUCAUACUCAGAGACACGGAGGCCACGACCGCACGGACAGACACCCUCAUAGACCUGGUUAUAAAUUCUCCUCGCCCAAGAGAGUCCUCUAUAGACCCAUAAACAUUGAUAAUCCCCAAUGUAGAAGUAAUUCAACGAUAGAUAUCGACAGUGUGGAAAUAUAGCCUGGUUUAGGGUGUGGCG